AGUCUUGUGGUUACAUCCGUGUAGUCUACGUUCAGGGCGCAGCAGUACUGGCCGAGGCGAAAUUGGGAACGGUUAAUCGUUUGAGUUGUACGCGGUUCGAAGGAAAAAUGUAAAAUUUAUCAUUUUCUUGGCUGACAUUACUCUGAUACUGCUGCUGCCUUUUACCUACUGCCAGUUGAGUGGCCCUCUAUUGUUCAGGAAAAGUGCGGAAAAGGGUUCCUAAGUGCUAAUGUAGGGCUUUUAUUCGACUCGAGAGCCCGCUCCCAGUUCCAUUAUUGGAUUUUCCUGCUUGACCAAUUUUUCUCACACACACGCUGUUGAUUGCUUCCUCCCUCUAGAAUUUUUAAGUGUGUCCUUCAAACUAAAAGUAUAGUAAAAACGAAAUCAUCGAAAAGUGCUGCAAAAAUUUACGGUGCUCGAGGACGGCAAAGAAAACGGGAAAACCCACGGCUCAUGGCGAAAAUGUGUCCUCGUCGUCGUCGAAGAUGUCGCUGAAGGGCAAAGAAAAUUGAGUUGGUCUUGAGAAUUAGUCCGCAGUGGUUGUGUGUGUUGAGUUGGAAGGAAGAAGAAAGGAAAAAUUACCUUCAAGUGCUGGCUGCAUAAUGGAAUGUGUGUAAUGUGGAAUGCGAAAAAACGUAUAAUCAGAUUAGCAGUGGAAAGCUGUAGCUUAAUGCGGUUAUAAAACACCAAAUCUCCCUCUCAUCCAGGGAAGUCGGCGGCCUAGAGAAGCUUACACGUUUGACCAAACGGUGAGGUCUCUGCCGCUUGUGCGGUUCAUCCUUAAGGAUCAUCGAUUAAAGUGAAGGUGAUAAAAAGUGAAUGCUAGCAGCUUGGGAAAAAUUGAAGAAGAAAAAAGUGAUGAAGGAGUUGGCUUGGUGUUUACCUAUAUUGAUGGUUAGAAAGUGCUAGCUAUAAGAUAACAUAAUUGAAGAAAUGCUCGUGAUGAAUGUAUGGUGAAUUGCUUGUUAUGCAUCAACAACAAGAAGCAGAGCAAAAAAUGAUCUUUAAAAGUGACGCAAUGAACAAAAGAGUGCCGACACGGAAUUAAAACCCCGCGGAGGAUAAAAUCGUCACAAAAUGCCUGGUGGAAGGCGGGGGCUAGUUGCUCCACAAAACACAUUCCUAGAGAACAUCAUUCGUCGAUCAAACUCGCAACCGGACAGCUCGUUCCUGUUGGCAAAUGCUCAAAUAGUAGAUUUCCCGAUUGUUUACUGCAAUGAGGCCUUUUGUAAGAUUAGCGGCUACAACCGCGCUGAAGUUAUGCAGAAGUCGUGCAGAUGUGGCUUCAUGUAUGGUGAGCUGACAGAGAAGGAUACCGUUACGAGGGUAGAGUGCGCGUUGGAGCAUCAACAGCAUGACCAGUUUGAAGUUUUGCUCUACAAAAAGAACAAAACGCCACUUUGGCUUUUGCUACAAGUGGCCCCGAUCAGAAAUGAACGGGAUUUGGUGGUGCUGUUUUUGCUCACUUUUCGCGACAUAACGGCACUGAAGCAACCAAUUGACAGCGAGGACACCAAAGGAGGAUUGUCCAAGUUUGCCAAACUGGCCCGGUCCGUAACCAGAAGCCGUCAAUUCAGUGCGCACUUGCCUACCCUAAAGGAUCCUACCAAGCAAUCUAAUCUAGCUCAUAUGAUGUCAUUAAGUGCCGAUGUUAUGCCACAAUAUCGUCAGGAAGCGCCAAAAACACCGCCGCACAUAUUACUGCAUUAUUGUGCAUUUAAAGCAAUCUGGGAUUGGGUGAUACUGUGUUUAACAUUUUAUACUGCAAUCAUGGUACCAUACAAUGUAGCCUUCAAGAAUAAAACAUCCGAGGAUGUUUCGCUCUUAGUAGUUGACUCGAUAGUAGACGUAAUAUUUUUCAUAGAUAUUGUAUUAAAUUUCCAUACAACGUUCGUCGGUCCCGGAGGGGAGGUGGUUAGCGACCCGAAGGUUAUCCGCAUGAAUUAUUUAAAGUCUUGGUUCAUCAUUGAUUUGCUUAGCUGUCUGCCGUACGACGUCUUCAACGCCUUCGACCACGAUGAAGAUGGAAUCGGAUCAUUGUUCAGUGCAUUGAAAGUAGUUCGACUGUUGCGCUUGGGUCGUGUUGUUAGAAAAUUGGAUCGAUAUUUGGAGUACGGAGCCGCAAUGUUGAUACUCCUGUUGUGCUUUUACAUGUUGGUUGCUCAUUGGCUCGCGUGCAUCUGGUACUCGAUCGGACGGAGUGAUGCUGACAAUGGGGUUCAGUACAGCUGGUUGUGGAAGCUGGCAAACGUUACCCAAAGCCCGUACUCGUACAUUUGGUCCAACGAGUCUAAUGCACCAGAAUUGGUCAAUGGACCAUCGCGGAAAACGAUGUACGUUACAGCACUAUACUUCACGAUGACAUGCAUGACAUCGGUUGGAUUCGGAAAUGUGGCUGCCGAGACGGACAACGAGAAGGUAUUCACUAUCUGCAUGAUGAUAAUUGCAGCGCUUCUGUACGCCACCAUUUUCGGUCAUGUAACCACAAUCAUCCAGCAGAUGACAUCUGCCACCGCAAAGUACCACGACAUGUUGAACAACGUGCGGGAAUUCAUGAAGUUGCACGAAGUUCCUAAAGCGCUAAGCGAACGUGUGAUGGAUUACGUGGUGUCCACCUGGGCCAUGACCAAAGGAUUGGACACUGAUAAGGUUCUCAACUACUGUCCCAAAGAUAUGAAGGCAGACAUUUGUGUACAUCUGAACCGGAAGGUAUUCAACGAACAUCCUGCGUUCCGACUUGCAUCCGACGGUUGUUUACGGGCCUUGGCCAUGCACUUUUGCAUGUCUCACUCGGCACCAGGUGAUUUGCUGUAUCACACGGGCGAGAGCAUCGACAGCUUGUGCUUCAUUGUGACCGGAAGUCUGGAGGUGAUCCAGGACGACGAGGUUGUGGCCAUCCUUGGUAAGGGCGACGUCUUUGGUGACUCGUUCUGGAAGGAUUCCGCGGUGGGGCAAAGUGCGGCCAACGUGCGAGCGUUAACUUACUGUGAUUUACAUGCGAUAAAACGAGAUAAGCUUCUCGAAGUAUUAGAUUUUUAUCAAGCUUUUGCUAAUAGUUUUGCACGGAACCUAAUUUUAACGUAUAAUUUAAGACAUCGAUUGAUAUUCAGAAAAGUAGCAGAUGUUCGAAGAGAGAAAGAGCUGGCUGAGCGUCGUAAGAACGAACCGCAGUUGGGCUCAAGCCAAGAUCACCUGGUAAGAAAAAUAUUUUCAAAAUUUAGAAGAGCUCAGCAAAAUGCACAAGGAACAAAGGAACAAACUGGUUCCACUCAGAGCGACGUUGAGAAAGGAGACACUGAUACAGACAAAGGAAAGCUGCCAGCCAAGCUAACGCUAACCGAAGAUUCUCGCGUCCUUACAACCGUCCCAUCGCCAUCUCCAUCGCCGUCGCCCUCGUCUGGACCCCCGUCGGCGAAAGGGGCCCGAGCAAGCAAAUGGGGUCGUCUGCUCGGUAGUUCUAGUGUUGAUUCGGCCAGCGAUACAAGCACAAAGGUAGCCGUGUCUAGAAGCUUAAGUGCACGUGAAAGUUUGCGUGAAAGUGCACAAGUUAGAGCUAGUAGUAGCUCAAGUAGUAAUGGCGGUCAAGGCAAUAAGAUUUUCCCCAAAACUCCGAAACUCACACCAAAUCCGGCCACGUUGGCCCGGCAAGACACAAUUGACGAAGGUGGAGAGGCGGAUCAUGCUCCAAACCGAACUGAACGACCCAGCGUGGUGCACGUGGAGCGUGAAAGCUCCAAACCUCCAACCCUUGAACGGCAGCCCACCGAGAGGGAUCGUCUGUUGGACACGACGAGCGUCAACAGGGAUCGAGAGCGAGAGAGAGAACGGGAAAGGGAGCGAGAGCGAGAGAGAGACCGCCACAUGGAACGAAACCUGUCUCUCGAGCGGGAACGACAAAUAGAAAUGGCACAAUCCAGAGCUACGACAUCCGACACGUACGACACCGGUCUCCGGGAGCAGCCUUCAACCCUGGCACAGCGCGAUUUGAUUGCAACAGUAUUAGAUAUGAAGGUAGAUGUGCGCUUGGAGAUGCAACGCAUGGCACAAAAGAUGGCGAGGAUCGAGGAACUGCUCGGCGAUCUUCUUGGACGGAUACAGAUCGAUUCGUCUGGACAAAGCUCGCCUGGGGACAUGGCCGGUACCAGCAUGGUUCCAACUUCAACUGCAAACGCAAAUCCCUCCAGUUCCAGCAAUCCACCGGGAACCCUCCUGAAUUUGACCUCCACUACAUCCGGUGCAACUGGAACCACCACGUCCACGGUGACCGCCAUAAGUCCCGGUGGAAACGGUUUAGGACCAAUCUUACUGCGCAAACGACGUUCCAAAAGUCGAAAAGCGCCUGCACCACCAAGGCAGACUCCCGAACAGACCAGACUUCUCGAUGCGGAAGUACCAUCAUCCUCUACCCGGAAGCGCGAGUUCCUCUAGCCCCGGAUUCUGCUGCGUCAUCAAUCAGACAACACCGAAUAAACAGUGUUUUUUUUGUCCAGCUACUCUUUUCCACCUAAACGAGAUCUGUUUGAUGACGUCGUCAUUUCCCGUCGCUGUGUAGUAAUGUUUUGCUCAAAAGUGUAAAUAUUUUCAAAAAAAAUUUGCGGUCUGUUUUAUGCUUUUAGGAAAGACUUUCGAAUUUAUCUCAAGUUUAGCUGGUCCGACAAGAUGUUGUCUUGUCGAAACCCGAAUCUGUUUCCAAAUAUUCUACAAUGUCGAGAUGAGUACAUUGAAAUGACAAUAUUUGCGACACCGUCAUCAGGGGUGACAUUGGGUCUGAGGGGUGAGAUUGGGUCAUACAAAAAUGCUGAAAUUUGUAUGACCCAAUCUUACCCCCAGACCCAAUGUCACCCUUGAUAAAGGUAUUGAGUUUGGGUUUGGAGUGCCUUUGCUUUUCAUAUCAUGCUAAAUUUUUUCACCUUUCCAAAAUGGCUAAAGCCUAGUAUACAAUAGGAAACUUGCAGGAUCGCAGAUGCAAGCGCAAGUUCUAAACUCAAUGCCAAUGACAAUGCUGCGGUGUUGCGGUUUUGUACUAAAAUCGCAGACCGCAGGUUGCAAGUUCUAAAUUUUUAAAUUAAAUGAAAAUUUUCGCAGGAUUUCUGCGUUGCACUUCAAACGCAACCCAUUGCAGAUUCCCGCAGGAAAGUCUGCGUAUUUUGAACGAUUUUUCUCCAAUCCUGUCAUCGCGGCGCAGUGCAGGAUCGCAGCAGUUUCCCGAUGUAGAUCAGGCUUAAAACUAAAAUUCUAUUUCUAUGGGGUGUAGAGUUAGGUAGCUUUCUUGCGACGACACUGACUUCAAUUUUGUUUAUUCAAUAUUGUAUGCCCUCCAUAAGUAUAUGACUCUACAAACUCUGACUCCAAAACCAAGUCCCAAAAUCAAUAGAAACACAUCCUUUGGUAUUAAAAUGAGUUUUGAAGAAAAAUGCUUUUUUAAAUUCAAAUCGAUAUUACUAUAUUGUGUCAGCGAAUUGAAAAAUUAACAACUGCAAUACAUUUUUGGACAGUAUUUCGCAUUGACAAACGAAGAACAUAAAUAUUUCACUAAAAAUCUGAUCAUCAUGAUCGAAAAAUCUUACAGAAAAAUCAUCAAACCUAACCGUAACACACGUAACAGCAUUUUUAUACGACAAAAUUAUUAACUGAAUCUUCCUAAUCACUUUGAUAAACUUUUCACAUCUAUUUGCUUUAGUAUUAUUGAUCAAUUCUAACGGGAAUUGUACUUAGAUUAUGAACAAACAUCACUUGAAUUAUUUACCACAGACAAACAGAUAGAUUAUAUGUUCCGAAUGAUGUAAUCUCAAUGAUCAACGCUAAACUGCUGAUCAGUGUAAGGGGCAAUCAUUACAUUCUCGAUAUAAGCCGUAUUUGUACACGAUUUUUAAAAUAUUUAAUAUAAUAAUCAACCUUAAGUUCUAUUCCAGCACAGCCAUAAAUGCUUUGGAAUCAAAACAUUAUUUUAAUCCUCUGGAGACUGAUUUCGUAACAAUCAUUUCAUAAGCUUGCAACCGUUUGCAUUAGUUUGAGUUUUUAUACAACAGACGUUUCGAACUUUCUACAAAUAAAUCAAAAUGCUUAAAAUUCGAUAACGAAAUUUAGUUUAGCGUGUAGGGGUUGAAAAUGGUUUCGGUGCUCUUCUGAUACGGUGGAGAGGACUUGGAAUGAGUAUAAAAUAAAUGUACUUGAUUUGCGUAGUUGAUGACGAGAUGUGUACAUAAAGACUUUUAUAGAAAAAUCGCGAUAGGAACGGAUAACAAGUAACAGUUUUUAAACUCGAAAUCUUUGAGCGUAUUAAUGCGGGUGACGGUAGGAUAAUAUUUGUUUUUUACUCUCGAUAGCAAACACGUGUGAUAGUAUUUUAACGUCUUUUAGUUGGUUUUCAAUUGUCAAUAAUCGAAUGCAACCGCAGUGAUAUAAAAGAAAAAAAAUCAUGCUACUAACUUUAGUUGCAACUUAGGCUAAACAAAUUUUAGUAAUAAAAUUGGAAUUACAAACGCAGAUAUAGACAUUUUGAAUUUCACAACGCGUAGUUUAAAACCAAGUUUAAUGAUCGUAAGAAAACGAUCUCUUGUUUGUAAAAAAAAACUACUUCGCCUUAAACCGCUGAUCGGUUACAUGCACUGCAUAAUCAAUCAUUGUUAUAAAAAUAACACACUUGCGUAGUGAACUCUUCAUACAAUUAUAACAUGAUACGUUCUAAACUGAUCGAAAGAGAGGAUUCCUAAAUCUGAUAAGCGAUGGAAAAUAUAAGAAGUUAGUGUAAGCCUUGAAUCAUUGUAUUUAGUAACAAGAGAGAAAUUAAUUUCGUAGAAUCUAGUUCAUUCGCUCAAUAAAUUAACUUCACUUAAAAAAUAGUAUCAAGUAUAAGAAAACUUAUUUCCAAUCAAAUUUCAGUAGUUGUAUGAGUUCAUUAAUUGCGUUCAGUUUAGAUGAGAAAUAUUGGAAAACUUUAUUCUGCAUAAAAAUUAUUUAAUAUCUGAAAUAACGUUCGUUUGUAUCAUACAACAAACUUCACGUUCAUUAAACCAUCUUGUACAAAAUGAAAUAAACAUGAUGAUUGCCAGGCAAAACAUAAUAGGGCAAUGCUAAAAGUAGAUCAAAGCUAUAGGUAAUUAUAUAAAAAAAAAAUCACAAAACAUGUUGAUGUAUAUAACACGAGAACACAUUAUACAAGUAUAUAUAUUAACAAAAAACUGAACAAUUCUAAAUAAAAGCAGUGACACAAAAUUGCAACCAAAAA